AUGUUGGCUCUGUGCUCCGCCAACGCCGGCCUGCAGCCCGCAGACGACGGCCCGCUGCGGGAGGUGGAGCGUCUCUUCUCCAACAGCGACGGCCUUCUGGCGGCGCUGCAGGAGUGUCUGGCACGCUGGGGACGCGAUGCGGCACCGCCGGCCGAGUUGUUGUCGCUGCUGCAGCACGCGCGACGGUACACCGCGUUGGGCGGCCUCUCGGGGGACGCGACAGCCACCCGCGACAUGUUAUCCGCCACACUGACGCUCAUUGUGCGCCGGGCAGUGAAACUCGAGGCGGAGGGCGCGUGCCCCUGCGACGGCGCCGUGAUGAGCGGCGUGGAGGGGCUGCAGCCAGAGACACCCAUCACGCACGAAAUCAUAGACGCGGCGUCGGCGACGAUCUCCAACUGCUGCGGCGGUACCACACGGCACGAUGCCGACAUGCUGUUCUGGGUGCGGCUCCGCGGUGAGGUGGUGCGCGUUGUGUUUGGGUUCGCCGACUACGCCGCGGGGGAGACGGGGGCGAGGCUCUGGCCGGGCUCCGUGGCCCUUGCACUUUACCUCGUGGAGAAGCUGGGCGUCGUGCUGCACUCGAUCUCCGCCACCGAAGAGGGCCGUCCGCUGCGAACUAUUGAGCUCGGCUGCGGCCCCGCGCUGGUGUCGCUUGUGCUCGCCAGUCGUCUCUCACGGGAGCCGGCGUGGCUGCGCCGCACGUGGCUCGAUGUUACCGACAUCUCGCCCGCCGUGGUGGAGGAGGUUCGACGCUCCUUCACGUUGCGCAAUGGGCCGGAAUUGGCCGCCCUCUUCGAAGCAACGGAGGAAGUGGGACGCGGCGCGGCCGUGCGGGCGUUUUGCCUGGACUUCGCGUCUAUUCCCGAGGCCAUGUGUGGGCAGUACGACCUGGUACUGGGCAGCGACAUUGUGUACGACCACACCAUCGCCAGCCACGUGGCCCCGGCCCUUGUGCGACUUCUGCGUGCUGGCGGAAUGGCCUUCCUGUGUUGCGAGCGGCACCGCGAUGGGAUGUUCUCCUUUGUCGACACCAUUCAGGCAACGAUGGCGGGGUCGCUGGAGGUGGUGGCGAAUCACGCGGAUGCGCAGGCGGUACUGCGGCAGCUGCAGAUGAUCCCCGGGCUCACGUCUACGACGUGCUCGCUGGUGGUGCUGCGUCGCCGCUGA